AUGGCCUCCAAAGGUCCACGGUCCAAGCUUGAUCAUGAAACGCGGGCUAGGCGGCAAAAGGCACUAGAAGCUCCUAAAGAACCUCAACGUCCUAAAGCACACUGGGAUCAUGUUCUGGAAGAGAUGGUUUGGUUAUCAAAGGACUUUGAAUCAGAGAGAAAAUGGAAACUUGCUCAAGCAAAGAAAGUUGCAAUAAGGGCCAGCAAGGGCAUGCUGGAUCAGGCCACAAGGGGAGAGAAGAGAGUGAAGGAAGAGGAACAGCGGUUGAGAAAAGUGGCAGUCAAUAUUUCUAAAGACGUAAAGAAAUUUUGGACAAAAAUAGAGAAACUGGCAAGUCAUUUAGGAUAA